GCGGCGGCGCUGCUGCGCGAGCCCGUGUACAACUGGCAGGCCACCAAGCCCACGGUGCAGGAGCGCUUCGCCUUCCUCUUCAACAACGAGGUGCUGUGCGACGUGCACUUCCUGGUGGGCAAGGGGCUCGGCGCGCAGCGCAUCCCGGCGCACAGGUUUGUGCUGGCCGUGGGCAGUGCUGUCUUUGAUGCCAUGUUCAACGGGGGCAUGGCUACUACGUCCACCGAGAUUGAACUGCCCGACGUGGAGCCAGCUGCCUUCCUGGCACUACUCAAGUUUCUCUACUCGGAUGAGGUUCAGAUAGGGCCUGAGACGGUCAUGACCACACUGUACACCGCCAAGAAGUACGCGGUGCCUGCACUGGAGGCCCACUGUGUGGAGUUUCUGAAGAAGAACCUGCGGGCGGACAACGCCUUCAUGCUGCUGACGCAGGCCCGGCUCUUUGACGAACCACAGCUUGCCAGCCUGUGCCUGGAGAACAUCGACAAAAAUACGGCCGAUGCCAUCACCGCAGAGGGCUUCACGGAUAUUGACUUGGACACACUGGUGGCUGUCCUGGAGAGGGACACGCUGGGCAUCCGCGAGGUACGCCUCUUUAGUGCCGUUGUCCGCUGGUCUGAGGCUGAGUGUCAGCGUCAGCAGCUGCAGGUGACACCCGAGAACAAGCGGAAGGUCCUGGGCAAGGCACUGGCCCUCAUCCGCUUCCCACUGAUGACCAUCGAGGAGUUUGCUGCAGGGCCUGCGCAGUCGGGCAUCCUCAUGGACCGAGAGGUUGUCAGCCUCUUCCUGCAUUUCACCGUCAAUCCCAAGCCCCGUGUGGACUUCAUUGACCGGCCGCGCUGCUGCCUCCGUGGGAAGGAGUGUAGCAUCAACCGCUUCCAGCAGGUGGAAAGUCGCUGGGGCUACAGUGGCACAAGCGACCGCAUCAGGUUCUCGGUCAACAAGCGCAUCUUUGUGGUUGGCUUUGGACUAUAUGGCUCCAUCCAUGGGCCCACAGAUUACCAAGUGAACAUCCAGAUCAUCCACACAGACAGCAACACGGUGCUGGGACAGAAUGACACAGGCUUCAGCUGCGACGGCUCCGCCAGCACUUUCCGAGUCAUGUUCAAGGAGCCAGUGGAGGUGCUGCCCAACGUCAACUACACAGCCUGCGCCACGCUCAAGGGCCCGGACUCCCACUACGGCACCAAAGGCCUGCGCAAGGUGACCCACGAGUCGCCAACAACAGGGGCCAAGACAUGCUUCACUUUUUGCUACGCGGCUGGGAACAACAAUGGCACGUCUGUGGAGGAUGGCCAGAUCCCCGAGGUGAUCUUCUACACCUAGGCGCCCAGGCCCGCACACAGUUGUGAGGACAGUAGCCGGAAGCCACCCGAGACAAGUGGACUGCCCCACGUCCCACACCAACCCCAGAAGGCUCCCCACACCGUGUCUACCCCUGGCUAUGUUUCUGGGCAUCUCUGUGGUGGUGAGUGUGGCUGCCUGUUCAGAGGAUCCAGGAGGUGGCCGGGCAGGUAGGGCUGUGAGACAAUCCCUCAAGACUGGGGAUGAGGGGAGGGUCCCUGGGUGUGGGCAUCCUGCCCAUCAUCCCUGCAGCUCAGGGCUGCCUGACCAGUAGCCUGACGGUAUGAUCACGUAGGCCGUCGUCAUAUUUGUGUAACUGCACAUGGCAAUGCAUCUUGGAUUUCCAUUUACCUGGUAGGAGAUGGUGUGUGGGGGUGCCUCUAGUGCGUUUGAUUGGGAUCUUCUGUUCCUUUCAUUCUGGUCUGUUCACUGGGGGCGCUCAGGCCACCCUGACCUCGGCCUCUAGGAUGUAGGCCUGAGCCCCAGGGAAUAGGAGGACUCAUGGGAGGGUUUGCACUGCUCAAGGUCCUGUAGGGUUGGCUUUCCUGCCAAGCUCCUCCCAGCCCUGCAGCUGAAGGCACAGACCUCAGCCGGUCUGCCUGGGAGGGGCGAUGCUGUGGGCCAGCCACAGUGGUCAUGUCCCUGUUGACCCAUAGGGUCCAGGGGGCACUGCCCACCUGUACAUACUGUCUCCCCACCCCUCCCAACCCCUAAGUAAGCACUCUGCCCAGAGGCGCUGGAGGGUGCAGCCCCUCCCUUUAUCCCCAGGUUCUCUCCAUGUAUUUCUGCCCGUGAUUCCUUCUGGAAACUGUGUUCUCCCCGAAGCCAUGAAAGGUGUGCCCUCCUCACACCACACCCCAAAUGAUUUUUUUAAAUAAAGGAAAAGAAACAUCUA